AUGGGCCUGAAACGCAAGCAUACCCAUGAGGAUGAAAACCAGCCUGAUUGGCACCAAGACAACCCACAAAAGGAACUUCACGAAGCCUACAACACAGCAAAUCCCAACACCCUCGUCGACCUGCCGUGCACUUGCAGGAUCGCUAAGAUAGCGCGAGUGUUGACAAGGGAAGAUCUUGCCAACGCCUUCGCAAAACAAGCUGCGUUCAUAUACAGUCGACAGAUUGGUCGUGACAUCUUCCGCUACGCUAGAGAGAAGAGAAGAAUAUUUCAGGACCCAAAGUCGAAAGAAUCCUUCAAUAAUUGUAUGGCGUCGUGGAGACCCUCACGGAUCAUCUUUCAGUCGCCGCGAUCGGCCGCUCGACAGUCCUGUGAGCCGCAUGUGUAUAUCAGCGCGCAAGGUAUCAAGCUGAUGAUGUGGGAGCUUUCGCACAUCGCUUACGAUCCUUAUGAAGAUGGUAACUGGUGCAUCGCAGACCCCGACGAAAUUGAAGAUCGAAAGGGUGAUGGAUUGAUGGAAGCAUGCAACCCAGUAAAGGACGACUUUCGGUACAAGAUCCGCAUUUCCGAAACUCCAACAUUCCCUAUGAUCAUCGAAGGAGAGACCAUGGCACUAGUUGGUCUACUAAAACGUCUUCGUAAGAGCGGUAUCAGCUACUACCACAAAGGACAGUAUGAUCCGCAACGGAUGGAGGUCGUCGCGUAUGACAAUGAAACCAGGCAAUUGAGUGAUGCCACCGAGUCUGCUUUAGAGGAGGCGGAAAAGAUGUUAGAGGCAGGACAGGCUCUUGGUGGCAUAGUGGUCCAUAUUGGAUGUCUGGACAGCUCAGACUACCUAGAUGAUUUGUUCUAG